AUGUUCAAUCCAACAACCGCCCGCUUGCCUCAGGGUAGCACCAUCUACAUCACUGGUGUGACAGGAUACAUCGGCGCCUGGAUCGCGCAGUAUGCUCUCGAACUUGGUUACAACGUCCGCGGCGCAGUUCGCUCUCUCGAGAAAGCAGCUUGGCUACAGGAGCACUUUGACUCCAAAUUCGGCCCAGGGCGAUACACCCAAGUCCUCCUCCCAGAUUCAUCUGACUUAGAGGCGUUCAAAGUUGGCAUCAAGGGCGUUCAGGGUAUUGCCCAUGUCGCAGUCAAUACCAACCGUUCCACCGAAGCCGAACCCUAUAUUCCCGACAUGGUCAAUGAAACCAUUGACAUUCUCAAGGCUGCUCAAGCAGAAGCAUCAGUCAAAGCCGUUGUCUUCACUUCCACUGCCUUGGCUUCCUCAGCCUGGGGCGAAAAAGGUCAUUUCAAGGAGUGGCAAUACAAUGAAGACUUUAUCAAGUACGCCUACGAUCCCAACUUUCAACACCCAUCAAAGGGCUUCAUCGUGUACGGUGCUGCGAAAGCAAUGUCAGAGAAAGCAGCAUGGAAGUACAUGCAAGAAGAGAAGCCGCACUUCACUUUCAACACUAUCCUCCCAAAUGCCAACUUUGGACCCUCGCUAGUUUACGAGAAGCAAGGACACGCUUCUACAGGAGGCUUUCCCAAAGCCGUCUUUGACGGUGAUGAAGCCAUUGUCAAGGGCGUGGUACCCAUGUAUCAUAUCGACGUUCGCGACGAUGCGAGGCUGCAUGUCGCUGCUCUCGUCGAUCCGCAGACGGCUGGACGACGGCUGUGGGGAUAUGGCGAGCCCUUUCAUUGGAACAUAGUACUCGGUAUAUUCCGCAAGCUAUGGCCUCAGAGAAAAUUCCUCGAUGAUGUUCCAGGCUUAGAAUUGGAUGAUAGUGUACCGCCGACCGAGGGCGCACUUAAAGCGCUCAAGAAUGUGUUCGAUCAGGACGGUUGGACCUCGCUUGAGAAUUCUCUGAAGGACGCUGGGCUAGAUCGGGAGCCACCAGCUGGGUCGCAGAAGAUAGAUAUCUUCAAUUAA